AUGAUAAGGCAGAACUAUAGUCUAGCUAAUGAACUCAAGAGUAAGGAGAGAAAACAACAAAGCAAAGUCCAACAACGACAAAAGCGUCAGUUUAAAAUAGAAAAACUUUCUGCUGCAGACCCAAUACGGAUUUUCAGACAAAUCGAAAGGCUAGAGCUGAAUCAGGAGAAGACAGACAGAGAUAUACUGUAUUUAAAGAAGCUAAAAGAAGAUUGGGAGUUUAUAAAAGAGAAUGGCCUUCAUAAAGCGAAGGUGGAAUCAUUUUUAGCACAGAAAGAGCAAGAAGAAAAGACAAAAGCGAAAGCUAAUAGCAAACUAUGGGGGCUGAAGUCUAUAUACUUUAAUCCUGAAUUAAACCCCCUUGGUAAAGUUCCAGGAGACAAAUUACUGGAAAAACCUAUAAUUCAAUUACCAAAUCAUACAAAACCUUUAAAGUCGCAUGUAUAUACCAAGUAUUCUAAGGAUCCGCUAAUUGAUAGAUUGGAAGUUGUUUUACCCGAAGGAGAGCCACCAAAGUUCUACAAAAUGGUUCAGAAUACUCAGCGAAAUAAUGCUACUAGUAACAUUUUGUCUUCCUCAAAUGACGUUCCAAAUGUCACGGAUGUUAUACUGUCAACUGAAAAAGCUGUGAACAUGCUCGUUCCAUCUGCCAUUCUUAAGAAAUCAAAAAAGAAAGAACUUGACCAUGACGAUAGGGAUGAUGACUAUGACUAUGACAAUGAUUAUGCACCAGAAGAAGAAGAAUACUUGAUAGCAAUUGGUAAACUUCCUUCGAAAAGAAGUAGAAUCAAUUAG